GCCCCCAGUCCUGGGAGUCUGAGGCCCCGCUCCCUCGCCCCUCCCCCCGCGUCCCUUCCUCCUCCGCCCCUCCUCUUUCUCCUCCUUCUCUUCCUCCUCCUUCUCACCUCGUCCGGGUCUCAGCGCUCCCGUUCCGGAGCCCGCAGCCUUCCCCAGCCCAUGCCGGGGACUCGGACCCCGCACCCUGAGAGUCUUUGUUAAUGGAUGUGGUGGCCCGAGGCACCACGACCCGGAGGAGCAGGUUGAAAAGAUCCGAUGGCAGCACCACUUCGACCAGCUUCAUCCUCAGACAGGGUUCAGCGGAUUCCUACACGAGCAGGCCGUCUGACUCUGAUGUCUCUCUGGAAGAGGAUCGGGAAGCAAUUCGGCAAGAAAGAGAGCAGCAGGCGGCCAUCCAGCUUGAGAGAGCAAAGUCCAAACCUGUAGCAUUUGCUGUGAAGACGAAUGUGAGCUACUGUGGUGCCUUGGAUGAGGAUGUGCCUGUUCCAAGCACGGCCAUCUCCUUUGACGCCAAGGACUUUCUACACAUUAAAGAGAAAUAUAACAAUGAUUGGUGGAUAGGAAGGCUGGUGAAAGAAGGCUGUGAGAUUGGCUUCAUCCCAAGUCCGCUUAGAUUGGAGAACAUACGGAUUCAGCAAGAACAAAAAAGAGGACGUUUUCACGGAGGGAAAUCCAGUGGAAAUUCUUCUUCAAGUCUUGGAGAAAUGGUAUCAGGGACAUUUCGAGCAACCCCCACAUCAACAGCAAAACAGAAGCAAAAAGUGACGGAGCACAUCCCUCCCUACGAUGUUGUGCCAUCCAUGCGUCCGGUGGUGUUAGUGGGGCCGUCACUGAAGGGUUAUGAGGUCACAGACAUGAUGCAGAAAGCCCUCUUUGAUUUCCUGAAGCACAGGUUUGAUGGGAGGAUAUCAAUAACAAGAGUGACAGCUGACAUUUCUCUUGCUAAGAGGUCUGUCCUAAAUAAUCCCAGCAAGAGAGCAAUAAUUGAACGCUCAAACACUCGGUCCAGCUUAGCGGAAGUACAAAGUGAAAUUGAAAGAAUCUUUGAGUUGGCAAGAUCUUUGCAACUGGUUGUUCUUGAUGCAGACACCAUCAAUCACCCAGCACAACUUAUAAAGACCUCCUUAGCACCAAUUAUUGUUCACGUAAAAGUCUCAUCUCCAAAGGUUUUACAGCGGUUGAUUAAAUCUAGAGGAAAGUCCCAAAGUAAACACUUAAAUGUUCAACUGGUGGCAGCUGAUAAACUUGCACAAUGUCCCCCUGAAAUGUUUGAUGUUAUACUGGAUGAAAACCAGCUGGAGGAUGCGUGUGAACAUCUGGGAGAAUACCUUGAGGCCUACUGGCGUGCCACUCACACGACCAGUAGCACCCCCAUGACCCCACUGCUUGGAAGGAACUUGGGCUCAACAGCACUCUCACCAUAUCCCACAGCAAUUUCUGGGUUACAGAGUCAGCGUAUGAGGUACAGCAACCACUCCACAGAGAACUCUCCAAUUGAAAGGCGAAGUCUAAUGACCUCUGAUGAAAAUUAUCACAAUGAAAGGGCUCGGAAGAGUAGGAACCGCUUGUCUUCCAGUUCCCAGCAUAGCCGAGAUCAUUACCCUCUCGUGGAAGAAGAUUACCCUGACUCAUACCAGGACACUUACAAACCUCAUAGGAACCGAGGAUCGCCUGGGGGAUAUAGCCAUGACUCUCGACAUAGGCUUUGAGUCUUCAGAAACAAACAAAAUAUUCAUCUGUUGACAAUUUGCCAUUGCACUGCUAGGAUACAACCAAUCAUCUUAACUCGGCAACUACAGCACAGUAUUGACUGUGCUUACGGGCUGCUGUCAUUGAUGCUAAGAAGGGGCAAAAAAAAAAAAAAGAAAAAAUGUGUACAUUAUGCCCUUAAGUCUAGAUGGAUAUUAGAUGCCCAAUCAUGGAGAUAUUUUUAAGUGCAACAUUUACAUAACAGUACCUUUUGUUUUCUUCAUUAGGUUUAGACACAUCAAUUUGUAAUUUAAGGUACUUAUCAAGGCACAUAUAAAAUAAUUUCCCAUGCUGGAAAUUCCAAAUGACCAGUUCCAGUUGGAACCAAUUUAUAAACCAAUUCCUGUUGGAAUUUGGGUGAAUCGACUAGAAAGUCUACUUGAGCAUGUUGUAAUCAAUUUAAAAAUCUGAAAAAAAAAAAGAAACUAAUUAAUAAAAUCAAAAUACCAAUAGAAGCCAAAACCAGCUAUGGUAUUUAUUUGCUGGAGAUUAAAUUUACACUUAAAGUUGGAAUGUAUAAACAUUUUAAUAUAUGUUAACGUUGCCAGAAUGGCUUUUCAAACUUACCAAAUGUAUUGAUAGUGCCAAAAAAAAUCUCAAAUUAAUUCAGAAAUUCUACAGUCUCCUCAGAUUUUAAUAUUUUUAUUUCUUUUCUGGCACGGCUGUUGUAUUCAAAGUGUUUUGCUUUUUGUUUAGUCACAACCGUUAGCUUGUUUGAAGUUGGCAAAAAAAAAGACUCAAAAUUUCUUUAGCAGUGAGAGAGAAUAGUAAAGAGAAGCCCAGUCAUAGCUGGUUAUGUGAGAUGGAAAAUGGGGUGUUGUUUCCCCUUUAAUCAAUCUGAGCACAACUACAUACAUCCAGGAAUCUGAAGUCAGACAGUAAGAAUGGGACAGAUCCUCCUGAGUGCAAGGCUAAACAUCACCAGAUGGGAUUUCACCUAUCCCACUUACCACAAAUACGGGUUCCGUGUUUACCGCCAGCACAAUUGAGUAUCUUUUCAUUGCUUCACUCAGUCUCUGUCUUUGAAUAUCUGAAUGUUCUAGCCCUUCACCAAAUUCUUUAUAAUCAUGCUAAGGAUUUUUUGUUUUACACGGACACACUGAAUUUUGAUAUUGAAAGCUGCGUUUAUACAAAAUGAUUAAUUGAAAAACUGUGAAAACAAAUUUAAGAGCUUGCAGUAAAAAAAUAAACUUGUAGAUUCAGAAUAGAUUUGUUUACUAAAAUUGUAUCAUUUUUAUCGCAGAGAAUUAUAAAGCAUUUGAAGAUUGAACUGCUUUAUUUCUAAUGAACACUCCUCUUUACCUAUUAAGUCCUCACAGUUUUUCCAGUGACUAUAAUUACAGAAUCAGUGACCUUAUGUCUACUAUAAUCAAGGAAGCCUUAGAUUCACUAUGAUCCAAGAAACUAUUGAAAUUGACCCUUUUAUACAAUACACAAAUGUCUUUAGGAAAAGACUCUUGUUUCUAAGAGUCCGUUUUUCUAAAACUCGCAUAGGAUCAGGCAUAAAAGUCCUUUUCUACUAGUACAUGUCAUGAAGCCUAUUUUUUUUUGGAAAACAAUAAUAGUUCAUAUUCUGUUAUCUUAUUUCCCCCCAUCCAAUCCUUUCAAUGUUUAGGCUCUCAAAGCAUGUACCAGUUAAAUAAUUUUCUUGACCAUGAAAAUAGGUUCCAUAUUCUUAAUUAGUUAUGUAUAUAUCUUGAACCUCAUUAUAACCCCCGCAUUCCCUCUCCUCCUGUUAUUCACUGUGCAUACCCCAUUAUGAACCUGUUUAGCUGAUAAUGAGGAUGCCUAUAAUCAUGUAAGUUAUCGCAAAUAUUUGAUACAAUAAAAAAUGUGGGCUCAGUGAAUUCUAAAAGUUAACAUGUGAUACUGGCUUGUGAGGUUCUUUUGUCAUCUAGUGAAGCUUACAGAAUUUUCAGUUAAGACAUUUAAAAGAGCUAUAUCCAUUAGGCACUUUACUAAACAUACAACCUGCCAUUACUGAAUACUUUGUUAGAGCACAGAAGAGCAUUUUCCAGCAAACAAACAUAUUUAUUACAUGUACAGCACAUAUUUGCAUGAAAAAGAAAACACUAGCCAAAAUAUUUUUCUAUAUGCUUUACUGGUUUCUUAUUUGUGCGCAUUAAAGUAUUUAAUUGCAAAGAGUGCACCAAGGUGUUAAACUUAGACUAGACAGCUGUUCAGCUUUUUCUGUAGUAGCAUUAGCAAUCUGGCCAUUUAACUACUUUAAGAUAUUUACAUUUUAUGGCAGGUAGCUGUAACAGCAUUUACAUAUAUUUCCUGGUCAGCAAGAUUACCAUAUUCUUUCAACUUUUAAAAACCUCUUGUUUUUAACGGCCUCUCAAAGCCUAGUUUCUAUGUCCUCUAUGUCAUGCUGAUAGAAAGAGAGGUCCAUUCAAUAUCUGUGCACAAAACCAAUCUUUCCUUUACCAUCAAGUGUCCAUAUCUGUUUUGCUUUGCAUUCUUAUUCAAAAGCUAACAAUCUUGGAAAGGGUAUAAUGUAUAUUUUCUUGAUGGAUGUACUUAAAUUUUUACUUUGAUUUGGCAUAUUCUUUCCCCUUCCUUUUGUAAUACAUUAUCUUCUCCAAAUGAAUAAGGGAUAUGCAUUUUCCUUUUUCUUUUUCUUAAGCCUUAGAGUUUAUUGUGUAAAUGAUACUAAAAUACAGAUAUAUACUAAAUGAAAAGUUUUA